CCUCCGAGAAACGUCGACCGACCUCAUUUGCCCUCCACAACAAGCAACACUCAAUCACCCUCUCCAAUCACUCCAACCCAUCAGCAAUCAUGCCUCGUCAACGUGGAGGAGCCGCGCCUGUCCGCCCCAGGCCUACCGUCCCUGCCGCGAAGCCCGCCCCGGCACCCGCUCGCCAGCACUCGACUGCUGCCGCGCCCGCUCCUCCUGCUGCGGCCGCGGCGCCCCCGGCCGCUGCUACACCUCAGGGCCCCGGUCUGUUCGGCCAGAUGGCCUCUACCGCUGCCGGUGUCGCAGUCGGCUCCUCGAUCGGCCACGCCGUCGGCGGCUGGUUCGGCGGCGGAAGCAGCGCACCUGCUGAGGCUGCGCCCCAGAGCACCGAGUUCCAGACCCAGCACCAGGUCAACACCAGCGCGCAGGCGCAGACCGGGCCGUGUGCCGAGAACGUUACAAGCUUCCGCAAGUGCAUGGACGAGAACCAGGGUAGCCUGAACAUCUGUGGGUGGUAUCUCGAUCAGCUCAAGGCUUGCCAGGCGGCGGCUGGUCAGUACUAGGCGGAUGUCGAUGUGAAGAGAGGAAGAGACGUGGAUAGAAGGAAGAGAAUGGAGACCGCCAACCAGCACAUUGCAUAUUUGCGUUGCUUGAGAGUAUUUAGUCUAUACACACUGCCCC